CAAUAUGAAUUAAGUGAUUCAUUGCCCGGUUUUGACAAAUCUGAUAUUCCUUUUUGGUUAGGAAGUAAAGUUGUUUUAUAUACAUUUAUUUUCAUUUAACAGCGAGUAAACAGCAAGAAUGGCUGAUCCGGAAUUGGAAGAACUCAGGAAGCAGAGGCUCGCCCAGAUGCAAUCACAAUUUAAGGGUGGAGAUCAACAAAGCGCAGCUAAAGCUCAAGAAGACGCGAGGGCACAGGAGGAUGCAAAACACUCGAUUCUCUCACAGAUUCUGGAUCAGUCAGCCAGGGCUAGAUUGAACACAUUAUCUUUGGGAAAGCCCGAGAAGGGUAGAAUGGUUGAGAACAUGUUGAUCAGGAUGGCACAGUCGGGUCAGAUUCGAGGGAAGAUCAGUGAAGCAGAUUUCAUUGGAAUAUUGGAGAGUGUAAAUUCGCAGAUGCCCCAGAACAAGACGUCGGUGAAAUUCGAUAGACGCAGGGCCGCCUUCGAUUCAGAUGACGACGAUUUUUGAUUGUCUAUAAAUUUCAAUUGUUUUCAAGCGCUUGCUUAUUUUUAAAUGUUUAAGAAAUAACAUCUAAUACUCUUUCAAUACACCUAUUUUUAUUUCAUAAUAAAUUCAUUAAU